UAUGUUAUUAGUAUGACUAGGUUCAGAACAGUAUAGGUAUGCGGAAUGAGAUUUCAGUAGAUGGCACGAACGAUUUAAUAAAGAGCAGAAAUGGAAUGAGGAUACCAAAUUGGUUCUCGAUUGGGAUUUUUUGUCAAUAUUAAUUUAUACAUGUAUACAAAGAGAUGAUAGGCUGUAUGGAAGUAGUGAUACAUGUAUUACUUUGACUUCUUCUUGUAUGUGAAAGUCUGUGUUAUCAGAAAACUGUUUGGAGAAAUAUAUGUACAAAAUUUGGUGAAAGAAGUCAAGUCCGAAGGAUGUCUGGUAACAACUACAAACCCGUUACAACAAUGUAUGCAGAAACGGAAAUGAUACAUGAUGGGAAGACAACCCUCACCUAUUGAACGUAGAUUUUGCCGCAGGGUAAUCGCCUCUGAAUAAAAGGAACUGCAGUCAGUGAAAAUGACAGUCCCAGACGUUACUAACGUCAGCCAGGACCACAGGACCAAUAAAAGCCACGAACUUACAAUUCCGGAAGUAGAAACCCAACUUUCUGGAGGAGCAAGCGUGAUAUAUGGAGUUGAAGAUGUUCCUCCUUGGUACCUUUGUAUUCUGUUAGGAUUUCAGCAUUACCUAACGGCAUUUGGUUCAACAAUUUCAGUCCCACUGGUCUUGUGUCAGUCGUUCUGUAUGGACGAGGACAAAGUAGGUCUUAGUGAGCUGAUUAGCACGGUCUUCUUCGUGUCCGGUAUAUCUACAUUACUUCAGACUACAUUUGGAACAAGACUUCCGAUAAUUCAAGGGGCAACAUUUGCAUUUCUUACACCAACGUUUUCAAUCCUGGCUUUACCGAAGUGGACGUGUCCAUACAUAAAAGAAAGAGAAUUGGACCCUUAUCUUGAAAACAGUACGUUGCCUGAACCUGGGAGCCCUGAACACAGAGAAAUGUGGCAAUCUCGAAUUAGAGAGAUACAGGGAGCCAUUAUGGUAGCGUCUUUAUUUCAAGUAGUAAUUGGAUUUUCCGGCCUCAUGGGAUUCGUGCUGAAGUUCAUAGGACCGCUUGCCAUCACUCCAACCAUCACUUUGGUCGGUUUGGCACUGUUUAAGGAAGCGGCCGACAAAGCAGCGCAACAAUGGUAUAUUGCCCUGAUGACAAUGUGUUUGAUAGCGUUGUUUUCACAGUACAUGCGCAAUGUGAACAUUCCAUGCUUCGCUGCCGAAAAGGGGAAAGGAUGUAAAGUCGUAAAAACGCCAAUAUUUAGUUUAUUUCCUGUGCUUCUCGCUAUGAUUACCUCGUGGAUUAUCUGUGUGAUACUGACCGCCUCAGGGGCACUGACUGACAAGAAGGGGGACUGGGGUUAUAACGCUCGUACGGAUAUAAAAUCAGAUGUUUUAUACGAGUCAGACUGGUUUCGAUUUCCUUGGCCAGGUCAAUGGGGAAUGCCGACAGUGAGUACUGCGGCUGUAUUUGGUAUGUUGGCGGGAGUUCUGUCCUCUAUGAUAGAAUCUGUAGGGGAUUACUACGCAUGCGCUAGACUUGCAGGUGCGCCACCUCCUCCUGUUCAUGCAGUAAACAGAGGUAUCGGCAUAGAGGGUAUCGGAUGUAUACUGGCAGGUGCCUGGGGGUCAGGCAAUGGCACAACAUCAUACAGCGAAAACGUCGGUGCUAUAGGAAUCACGAAGGUUGGCAGCAGGAUUGUAGUUCAAGUUGGUGGAAUCAUAAUGAUUGUUUUGGGCUGCCUGGGGAAAUUCGGUGCCCUGUUUGUAACAAUUCCAGACCCCGUGGUUGGAGGCAUGUUCAUGAUAAUGUUUGGCAUGAUUACAGCAGUAGGACUGUCUAACCUUCAGUAUGUGAAUCUAAAUUCUUCCAGAAACAUUUUUAUUCUUGGAGUGUCUUUAUUCUUCGGACUAAGUUUUCCUAAGUGGGUCGCUAAUACUCCAAAUGCCAUCAGUACAGGCAGUGAAAUCGCAGACCAAAUUAUUUCUGUGCUGCUCGGUACCAGCAUGUUUGUGGGCGGAUUUGUUGGCUUUGUAUUGGACAACACUAUUCCAGGUACUGCGGAAGAGAGGGGAAUAGACAAGUGGCGAAAACACGAGCAUGAUGGUGAUGAAUCAGGAGCAGAUAAUUCUAUGCAUAUUUAUGAUCUCCCUUUGAUACAGAAGUAUUUGGACAGAGUCAGUGUUUUCCGUUAUGUGCCUUUCUGUCCGAGAUUUUCACUAAAGCGUAGAAAAAAUAAAAGGGAUGAAACUGAAGACCCUUUAGACAAUCAAAAGCCCACGUAUACCUCACGAAAUGAAGGAAAUGCAACACAUUUGUCUGUUAAUAGUGAGAAAUCUGACAAUACGUAUUUGUAGAUGUAAAUUUAGUUAAAACAUGCAGGGAUGAAUUCUGUUGCUCAAAAGAUGCAUUGUUCUAAAACGGGUGGUUUUCAUGCAGCUUCAAGGUUAAUUAUUUGCUCACAUUUGUUGGUAGACAUUUUAUAUGGGUCAACCCCGUUGAUAUCGAUACAUAGUAAAAUAAAGUUGAUCUUGACAGGCAGAAAAGGUGUACGUAUAAAUUAACAUUAUGAAGGAUGAAUAAUUUGCAACUGACAAGAUAUAAAUAUUCCUCAAGAUGAUCAAGAUGAUCUGUUGAACGAAAUGGAAUGGUAUUUCAACACGACCAGUUUGCAUAUUCGAAGGUGUCAUAUAGCUCUUCCUAUUGAAAUUAAUAACUUUUUGAAUAGCUUUUUAACUUUUCCAGACAAUACUUUCAUAUGUACAUCAUUUCAUGUAUGAGAGACAUGAAGUAUUAAAUUUGUUAUGUAAAUUUCUGCAAUUUGUUUGGAUCAUUUAUCAAAGUAUAUUGUAGCAUAUAUGAUUUUAGAUAAUGCAUUUGAGGAAUAGUGAAAGCUUUUCUACUCCAUCGAGUAUCGGCAUCUGUUAAAGCCGAAUAUCAGUAACCGUUACAUUUUUUGAACCUUCAUAAAUCCUUCCCAGUCACCAGAUCUAUUAAAAUACCAGUCAAAUUUAAAUAACUAUUGAUUAAUUUUUGGAUUUUUGGAAUAAAUGGCAUUUUUUCGUCUUAAAAAUUUGGUUUAAGUUUUGCGUGCGAAUAAUUGUCGAACUAAAUCCUGUGACUAAAGUAAACAUUUUCUGAAAGUCCUUACAUAGAGCUACUUGUGAAAAGUUUCUGGGAUAAAAUAUGUUAUUAACUUUUUUUCGAUAUUAGUGGCUGUAACUGUGUGUAAAUGUCAUUAUUACAUACUUGUUUUUAUUCCCCGUUAAGUUACAAUGGUAUCGGAAAAGUCAAUAUUUUUCCAUACACUGACAUCUGAAUUUCAUAUCGUGUACGAGACGUUAUUUAAUGUGUGUCGUUGCAUUAAUUCUUUUAUUUACUUCAGUAUUGUCAAUCUUAUUCAGGCUAUUGAACAAAUUCAUAAUAUUUACAUUACCUUUUUACGUGUAGAUACGGAUAGGGAAAUAUGCACUCGUUUUUAGCGGAAGAAUAUUGCGUUCCUAAAGUCGCGCAAUAUUUCCGCUGCAGAACUCGUGCAUAUUUCCCGAUACAAAACUAAUAACCUAUAAUUGAUGUCAUUCUGGGUAGGACUUAGCUUCGCUUGAUUCUAGCGGACGUUCAAGAGAACAAAAGAAAUAGAUUGAAGUUAAAAACUCAUAUCCUGUCGCUGUUAGAAUUUGUGACAAUUUUGCUCAACGUUUAGUGUUGCCUUAGGAAUAUAUCACUGAUUGGUUUGUAAAAACGAGUAAAGAAGCAUCCAAAACAGUUCAGUUUCUCUUGAAAAUCAUUACACAUACUCUAACCUUGUUGGCAGAAAUAAUAUUGUAACGAUAUUAAGCUUUGUAAUGCGGAUUAUCGGUCUGAUAGAGGAAACAGUUUGCACGCUAAUGCACUUUGUGGGUCAGUUCUUAAUAUGCACUUCAUAGAAUUAACAACCAAAUGUACAUCAUUUACGAGGUAUUUUUCUCAUUUAUUUCAUUUAAAUACUCCAUAUUGCAUAGCUCAGAAGCUACGUAGGAGGUAAAUGCAUAUUGUAUAGUAAACUUGAAUUAGUUUGAGUUUGUUUUAUGUUUGUUCACCUAUUGUAUUCAUGCUCUGUGUUCAUUGUAUUUUAGCCUGCUAUAUUUCUAAAAUGGACUGACCCUUCAUUCAAUUUGGGCAGUACUAAUUAUUAUUCAAAGGGGUGUUCAAUGAAAAUUUACUGACCUGAACAUUCAUAUCAUCUGAUUGAUAUAUAUAUAUGAAUAGAUAGAUUGUAGCAAUAUAUAAUUAUGUAGUACAUUUGUAAUUUGUUACAGUCGUGUUCACAUUAAAGUAUCUAAGAUGAA